UGCUCUGCUCAACACGCUCUGGGCUGGAAGGAUGGAGCUUUUCUUCCUUCACUACCCCUUUACCUGUCUACUCAUUGCCUUUCUAGUCCUCUACCAGGUGAAACCUGCAUUCAGAUUCUUCUGCAAGAUGACCUUCUAUAAGUUGUGGCUCUUCACCAUAAGCAUUGGAGUUGCCAUCCUCAGUAUUCCUCGUGGACGUAACGUGGAAAACAUGAUGUUUUUGCGCACAUUGACCAUGCCACUCAAAUACAUCUUUGGCAUUCAGAUAGUGGUGAAGGGCAAGGAGAACCUCAGGACAAAGAAACCUUUUGUCCUGGUGCUGAAUCACCAGACCUCCCUUGACAUCCUGGUGAUGAUGGAGAUAUUGCCCAGGCGCUGUGUGCCCAUUGCAAAGAAGGAGAUCCUGUACAUGGGCACGUUCGGCCUGGCCUGCUGGCUCUCAGGGGUCAUCUUCAUUGACCGCAAGAGGAGGGAAGAGUCCAUUGGCACCCUGACAGAGGUGGCACACUCCCUGCACAAGGACAAUUUGCGUGUCUUGAUCUUCCCUGAAGGAACUCGCAACCAUGGUGGCUCCAUGUUGCCCUUCAAACGUGGGGCCUUCCAGCUGGCUGUGAAAGCCCAGGUCCCCAUUAUUCCUGUAGUGUUGUCGUCCUACAACAACUUCUACAACCAGAAGGAGAAGAAAUUUACACCAGGCAAGAUGAUCAUCCAGAUCCUGCCCGAAGUGGAGACUCUGGGCCUGGGCCCAGACGAUGUUCCCAAGCUGACGGAGCAGGUCCGUGACUCCAUGCUCUCUGCCUACCAGGGCAUAUCGGGAAUGACCAAUGGAGCUUCCCAUUAGCAAUCCCAUCUUCCAGCUCCAGCUGUGUGUGCCGCAGUGGAGGGGAGGCCAUGACAACCACAGGAAGGUCUGGCAGCAGAGACAAUUGUGGAUUGCAACACUGAAAAACCAGAGACAGGUAAAGAAGAGCCUUCUUCAUCAAGAAGAGAAGCUUCCAACGGGGAUGUUCUUAGUUCCUCCUAGAGAACACCACUCUCGCUGCCACCCAGCGAGACAGACACACAAUGGACAGCUGGACAUUUCUGUGUAAUCAUAUUGCUGAGAAUGUCCCACCAGCUGGACCCCAGGCAGAGCUGGGCCCUUCCUGUCAUCACUGCUGCCUGCUUAUAACCACCUUUCCCUGUUCAGAUCCAACAAGGUGGAGGCACUGAUCCCAAGCCUGUGACCAUGCUGCCUGGGAAGUGGCUGUUCUGGGGUAUGAGGGUUGCCCACAUUGCCCUGGAAUACACUCAGGAGAUGGUGCUGUUUUCUUCCUCUUCCAUGGGGAGGAUUUGAGAGGUACCUCUGCCAUGAGAGACAGGAACCAAGGCAGCUUUGGGAGAGGGGAAUUAAAGACCUUACAUGUGUCUA